GUCUCCAUUCAAAUGUCGCCUGUCCAGGAAGACGUCUCCGGACUGCGGGUCCAGAGCUAGCUCGCCAGCUCAUGCCUGCGCGUUGUCCUUCUCAUCAGGGCCCCUGGGGAGACUCGGCUGUACUCCUGCGCCCUCCCCAGGCUGAGCCUCCAUGCCUGGUCCCCGAGUAACUCAAGAGUUGGGGCCACCUGUUCAGCCAACCGGGAGGAGGAACCGAGAUCGGCCUCUUCCUAAGCCAGGAGCGCAGGACUCGCGCCUCGCCGUCGGCGCCCCUUUCGGGCCGUCCACUCUGGAGCCCUGGUACAGGGAAAGCUGCGGGGACACUUCCGUUCCGCACCGCUUCCGUGACUUUUGGCCAAGCGCCUUCCGAGCGUCAGGUUGCUCUGUCCAGCGGGAGCGGUCACCAAGCCCCGCAAUCGCGGAGCCAGGGAGGAGGGGCGCCCAGUCCCACCAAGUGGCCGCCGGCAGCACAGCGUCCCCGAGGCCCGCCCGCGGCGACAGCGCCCUAGGCCCCGGGCGCGGACUUGGACCCACGGGGUCCGCCCGCGCCGGGCGGCAAACCUGGGCUGGGCUCCAUCCUAGGACAGCGGGUCCUCCCCUUUGGGGACGGCUCGCUCCCUGACUCAGCAGUAAACACUUCUCAUCCUCCCCAGGUGCCGCGAGUUCACAGGUGAGCUCCGGCCCGCCGAGACCCUCGCCGCGCCUGGACCGAGGCCCUCGCUGCGGUCCGAUCGCACCCACUCCCACACGUGGGCGCCGAGUUGCAUCAUCUGCACCUGGACUCGCGGAGCAGGGGCCAUACCACGUGCCCGGUCCUCCGCACCUCGGCGAGGCGAUCCCAACAUGCCUUCGGAGACACCCCAGGCAGAAGAGGGGUCUGCAGGGUGCCCCCACCACUUGGGGAAAGGGAGCCUUGAGAGGGGACCUCUAGGGGACAAGGAGGCCAAGGAGCAUCUGUGGAUCCCGCCUGACACCCCCAGCAGGUGCACCUGGCAGCUGGGCAGGCCUGUCACCGACUCCCCGCAUCACCACGUCACUCUGACAAAAUCUCCAAAAAUCUUGCCAGAUGUUCUGAGGAAAAUCGGGAACACCCCGAUGGUCAGAAUCAACAAGAUCGGGAAGAACGCCGGCCUCCAGUGCGAGCUCUUGGCCAAGUGUGAGUUCUUCAACGCGGGUGGAAGUGUGAAGGACCGCAUCAGCCUGCGGAUGAUCGAGGACGCCGAGCGUGCUGGGACUCUGAGACCCGGGGACACAAUCAUCGAGCCGACGUCUGGGAACACAGGGAUCGGGCUGGCGCUGGCCGCGGCUGUGAAGGGCUAUCGCUGCAUCAUCGUGAUGCCCGAGAAGAUGAGCAUGGAGAAGGUGGACGUCCUGCGGGCCUUGGGGGCGGAGAUCGUGAGGACACCCACCAACGCCAGGUUUGACUCCCCGGAGUCCCACGUGGGGGUGGCGUGGCGGCUGAAGAACGAGAUCCCCAAUUCUCACAUCCUGGACCAGUAUCGCAAUGCCAGCAACCCCCUGGCUCACUACGACGCCACCGCGGAGGAGAUCCUGCAGCAGUGUGAUGGAAAGCUGGACAUGCUUGUGGCUACUGCGGGCACGGGCGGUACCAUCACGGGCAUCGCCAGGAAGCUGAAGGAGAAGUGUCCUGGGUGCAGAAUCAUUGGGGUGGACCCAGAAGGGUCCAUCCUCGCAGAACCAGAAGAGCUGAACCAGACGGAGCAGACAUUCUACGAGGUGGAAGGGAUUGGCUACGACUUCAUCCCCACAGUGCUGGACAGGGCGGUGGUGGACAAGUGGUUCAAGAGCAGCGACCAGGAGUCCUUCACCUUUGCCCGCAUGCUGAUCGCACAGGAAGGACUGUUGUGUGGCGGCAGCUCCGGCAGCGCCAUGGCUGUGGCUGUGAAGGCGGCGCAGGAUCUGCAGGAGGGUCAGCGCUGUGUGGUCAUCCUGCCCGACUCAGUGCGUAACUACAUGUCCAAGUUCCUGAGUGACAAGUGGAUGCUACAGAAGGGCUUUCUGAAGGAGGAAGACCUCUCCGUGAAGAGGCCAUGGUGGUGGCACCUGCGAGUUCAGGAGCUGAGCCUGUCAGCCCCUCUGACCGUGCUGCCCACGGUCACCUGUGAGCACACCAUCACCAUCCUCCGUGAGAAGGGCUUCGACCAGGCGCCCGUGGUGGAGGAGUCAGGGGCCAUCCUGGGAAUGGUGACUCUUGGGAACAUGCUGUCGUCCCUGCUUGCUGGGAAGGUGCAGCCUUCAGACCAGGUCUCCAAAGUCAUCUACAAGCAGUUCAAACCGAUCCGCCUGACGGACACGCUGGGCACGCUCUCUCACGUCCUGGAAAUCGACCACUUCGCCCUGGUGGUCCACGAGCAGAUCCAGUCACGGGACCAGGCCUGGUCAGGAGUGGUGGGGGGGCCUGCAGACCACAGCAAUGGCAAGUCCAGUGAGCGGCAGAUGGUGUUCGGGGUCGUCACCGCCAUUGACCUGCUGAACUUCGUGGCGGCCCGCGAGCAGGAUGGGAAAUAAGCCUGCAAGUCCCGUCUUUCCCCCACCCUCCCUGCUUGGAGCUGAUCCGCUCUGCUUUCCUAGAUGCUAAGCAAACCUCUGAUUUUUAACCUCCUGAGGCUGGGCAUGGCCUUCCCCUGGCAGGUAGCAGCACCAGGCCAGCAGAGGCCUUUGUGCCCUCGCACGCAGCCUGAACCACUGCUAGAUUCAUUCUGUGGCUCUCUUUUCACAUCCACUUCACCACAGGAGCCUGAAACACAGGCAGGGAUGGGAGGUGGGCUGCAGGCAAAAGGAAUCCCCUCUGCCAGAGAAGAAUCCAGAACGGGGAGCAGCAGGAAGGGGCAGCUUCUGCACUUGCGUUUAACUGAAGUGAGAUUCACAGAAUCAGUGGUCCUCAAGUGGACAGUUAGUGUGCAGUCACCAGCUCUGUAGAGUUCCAAGGCAUUUUGUCACCCCAUAUCCCCACCUCUUGCUGCUCCCCGGCAACCAUUGGUCCACUUCCUGUCUGUGGGUUGACCUGUUCUGAACAAUCCAUAAAGGUAGAAUUGCA